AUUUUUUUAACAUGACGCAGAGUAAGAGUUAAAUGACUCAUUUAAAUUCAAAUGUAUUCAAUUAGAAUUUUUUUUUUUUAGUUUUUUUUUAUGUUUUCUGAAAUCUUACUUACUGAUGCACAUUAAAAAUAAAAGUUAUCAGCUUUGAAGAAAAUGUCAGCCAAGGUGAAUGCAAUUGAACUUGCUGAUCUUCCUAACCAAGAGGUACACGUUGAGGUUCAAAGUAAUCAAGAUUGGAAAGCGUACGAUGACUCAAAAUAUGAUUCUCCUGUGCUAAAUCGCUUCGUUCCAUUCCCAACAUACUACUAUAUUAGAUGGAAAUUACUUGCAUUUUUCCAUAUCCAACUUUUGUUUGGCAUCGUUGUAGGAGAGGUAAUACUAUUUUUAAUCUUGGUGGGAGGGUUAGCUGGUUGGUUGGCAGCUAUAGGAAUGUCAACAACAACUAGCGUAACAAGUGCAAUCAAUCAGACAUAUGGUCGACAAAAAAAUCCUACUAAGGAGUUAGCUGAGGAAACCGGAAGUAUAGCUGCAAUACCGCUAAUUUUAUGUUUUGCUUUGGCGUGUCGAAAUUCUUUAUGGAUUGUGCUUGUUGGCGUUCCGUUUGAACGUGGAUUAUUUUGGCAUAAGCUAUGUGCUUGGUUAGGUGUUCUUGUUGGCGCGUGGCAUGGCUACGUAUCUCAAGAGUGGAAUGUAACUGGUUUGGUUCUCACAGGAGCAAUGGGAGGUUUGAUACUGUUUUCUUUUUUUCCAAUAAGAAGGUACUUUUUUGAGGCAUUUUAUCGUUUUCAUUGGAUUUUGUUUCUCGUUGUAAUUGGAUUUUCUGUUGCUCACGGAGCGGGAGUGGUUUUGAUUGGAGCGGGUUUAUGGCUUUUUGAUGUAAUUUUACGAAUAAUUAUUGCUUUUAUUAACAAUAAAAGAGCACGAAAACUAAAAGCAACAAGACUUCCAGCUGGUGUUAUUCGAUUAUCAUUCCCUAAAAAUAAUUUUAAGUAUAAAGCUGGCCAAUAUUGUUUUAUUUGUGUACCUGGAGUAUCAUUGGUUGAAUGGCACCCAUUUAGUAUUUCUUCAUCAUCUCAUGAGCCAAAUGUAACACUUCACAUUCGUGUACUUGGUGACUGGACAAAGAAAUUGUACAAUUCUACAGAGCAAACAAGAGACCUGUUAACUUACGUAGACGGCCCAUAUGGGGCUCCAGGUGUUGACAUAGAUAGUGAUAAAUAUAAACUAAUUAUGUUUUUCAGCGGAGGCAUAGGGAUAACACCUGCACAGUCGAUAUGUAACGAAAUGCUAUAUCAGUAUAAGAGAGGCAGACCACUGCAUAAAAUUAUAUUUGUGUGGUCAGUCCGAGAUUUAUUUUUAGUUGAUUCUGUACUUGAAUAUGAUAAAGAAAAUAUCACUAACAAAAGUGUUCAUCGUCUGCCGAUAUCGUUUCAACCUGAUUUAAUUAAUCAACCAGAUGUAUCCGAAAAAAUUUUAGAGAACUAUUUCCAUUUGACUAAAGAGCGCGAUAAAUCAAAGUUUGAAGAAGCUAAUAUUAAACCAGACUUACAACCAGAUUUGAGAUUUGGGCGACCAGUUAUAUCAGAAUAUUUUGAAAAAAUGACAAAAUUUGCACUAAUGGAUCAGCAAUAUAAGAUUGCCGUUAUUUCGUGUGGUCCGUCAAGUAUGGUAAAUGAUGUUGAGAAGAUGUGUAAUAAAUAUUCUAAGAAAGGCUUGUCGUUUCAUUUCCAUAAAGAAGUAUUUGAAUUCUAAUUUAACUUGAUUAAUUCAAUAUAACAGUAAAUUAAACGACACGGUGCCGUUGUAACGAUUUCUCGGUACUUUAAUAUUAUUCAAUGACAAUAAUUUUGUCUUCAUGCAAAUGAAAAUAUAAACUGUAAUUUUUUUUCCGACCUCGUAAUUUGGCUAAAAUUACAUGAAAAACAUUUUUAUCUUAAACCAUUAAUUUAUUGUAACUUUUUAAAUAAUUUUUAAAUAAAUUUUUGUUACACUAUAACAGUUUUUAUAUAAAUAUUUUAUUAAACUAUAAUAGUUGAAAACAAGUUAGUAUCAUUUUUCAUUUUUAAAUUUCUAUUGUUUUUUUAUUAUUAUAAUUUUUAUCUAACUAUAUAACAUAUAAAAAAAUUUUGUGACAAAAAAAUUGUAA